AUGGCAACAGCAGGCUACCUCUUCAACGAGCGCCCUCCGGCGGGGCUUCUCAUCGCUCAAGCCGUGGGAAUUACAGCAUCAACGUACCUCCUCGGCGGCAAUGCAACCAUCGCCUUCGUCACGAUACCCGCCGUGAUGGAUGCACCCUCCCCGCUCGCCGCCAAACAGUGGGCAAGGGUCUACGAACGUGCAAAGCCUUUCGGUAUUGGCUGCAGCGUCAUCGCCGCCGCAUGCACCGGCUUCGUCGCCUACAACCAGGACCCUGCCUCUCUUCCCUUCAAGCUCAACGCCGCCGCGACCCUCAUCAUCCCAGCCAUCAUGCCCUUCACAGUCCUCGUCCUUAAACCGAUCAACGAUAAGCUGUUUGCGAAGGGCGACGCGCUUGCGCUGGACGAGAAGGCCGAGGUGGGCGUUGCGCAGGAGGAGACGACCAAGGCGCUGAUUGAUCGGUGGACGAAGCUGCACCUUGUGCGGACGGCGAUUACGGGCGUGGGUGCUAUACUGGCAAUUUGGGCGGCGCUGGACAAGAGGGAGACUGGAAGUGUGGGUGGCUUCAGUCUUCAGAGUGGGGCGAAUAGGCUUGGUUAG